UGUUCUUUGUAAAUCCAACACUUCGUUAGUACGGGGAAAACUUGUUGCUGUUAUAGCAAAACUAGAUAUGGAGUUUUUGGUUUCAUUUGAUAUCUAUCCAAGUCAGUUUAAUACUAGUUGGCGUAGUGUUAUUCAUUUCACUAAUAAUUCUGAGGAAGGUAAAUAUGGUGAACGUAUUCCAGGUAUCUGGUUUUCACCUAAUUGUAUUAGCUGUCUUCAAAUAUCAGCAUCAGUUAAUGAUAGCCAUGAUUUUCCUAUCACGACACCUAAAAUCGAUUUACAUCAAUGGUCAAAUCUUGAGGUCAGUCAAAUUUUUAGAAAAUCAGUUUAUGUGUACACAAUUAAAUUAAAAGGAAACGUUAUCUAUUCUGGAGUUAAUUACCAAGCUCAAAGCUUUUAUAACGUUAAAGUAUAUGCAUCUGAUCCUUGGCAUGAUGCUCAAGAUGGUUUUAUUAGGAAUUUGUUUAUUAUCAAUGGUAAUGAUCUGCAUCUAUUUAAUGUUCUAUAUGCAGAUAAUGAUAAAGGCACAAAUUUGACAGAUUACUGCAACUGGGCAAACAUAAAUUGUAAAAACACCAAUGGAAGUUACAGUUGCACUUGCAAGUCUGGUUGGAAAUUAAGUAACAACAGUUGUGUUGAUAUUGAUGAAUGCGAAAACAACUGUAAUUGGACAAAUAGUAAUUGUACAAACACAGAUGGAAGUUACAAUUGCACUUGCCAGCCUGGAUGGAGAUUGGUUAACAGCAGUUGUGUUGAUAUUGAUGAAUGCGAAAACAACUGUAAUUGGACAAAUAGUAAUUGUACAAACACCGAUGGAAGUUACAAUUGCACUUGCCAGCCUGGAUGGAGAUUGGUUAACAGCAGUUGUGUUGAUAUUGAUGAAUGCGAAAACAACUGUAAUUGGACAAAUAGUAAUUGUACAAACACCGAUGGAAGUUACAAUUGCACUUGCCAGCCUGGAUGGAGAUUGGUUAACAGCAGUUGUGUUGAUAUUAAUGAAUGCAAUAGUUUAACUGAUAAUUGCAACUUGACAAAUAACGUUUGUGUAAACAGCAUUGGAAGCUAUAAUUGUUAUAAAGGAGAAUGGAGUACAUGGAGUGAAUGUAGUAAAACAUGUGGAUCUGGUUAUAAAUAUAGCUUUUUAAAUGAACCAAUUGAAUUGCAACAAGAACAUUACCGUAGCCUAACUUGCAUGAAAACAAAAUGUCCAGUUGAUGGGGUUUGGAGCCAUUGGACUACUGAUCAAUCAUGCUCAAACUCAUUUUGUAAUUGCUCUAUUAGACUGGAGAGGUAUUGUAAUAAUCCUGCACCAGAUGCUGGUGGUUAUGAUUGUUUUGGAAUUAAUGUUCGAUACCUUGAAAAUAAUAAAAUAUGUCAAGUGAAUGGUGGUUGGACACAAUGGACUCCAUGGUCAUUAUGCAGUCAACCAUGUCAAAAUGGUGUAAAAACAAGGUAUCGUAGCUGCACAAAUCCAGUACCAAAAAAUGGAGGUUUACCAUGCAAUGGAAGUAAUACAGACAAAAUACCUUGUUUUUUAGACAAAUGCAAAAAUGUGACAGUCAACUUUGGUAUUAUUUUCACAGAUGAAAAUUAUAACGAAAGUGAAAAACUGGAAGGCAAAAUUAAAACUGCAAUACAAAACCUUUAUAAGAAGUUCAACAAAACUGUACCGUUCAACUUAAAGUUGAAUUCUAUGAAAAACGUAAAUAGUUAUUGGCCUGGUCCUUGAAGAUUUAAUCAAAAAAUCCUGUCAGGAAUGUAUACUUUGGCUGGAAGUUGAUUUAAAAAUUAUUUUUCGUUGACAAUUUAAAAUAGAGUUAAAGACUUUUUAUAUCAUUAAUUGACAUGA